CGGGAGUAUAUGAAGCCGACUGUUAACUUCAGGCUCUGUUCACCUCGCAAAGGCAGCCUACGUUAGGUAACGAUGAGUACAUCGGAGUCCCUGGAUCGGAUGGAACUCUGUGAGAGCCUGUUGACAUGGAUCCAGACGUUUGGAGUAGAGGCUCCAUGCAAGACAGUAGAAGACUUGACGAGUGGUAUCGUCAUGGCCCAAGCUCUACAGAAAAUAGAUAUAGUUUAUUUCAAUGACGCCUGGAUUAGUAGAAUCAAGCCAGAGGUAGGGGACAACUGGAGGUUAAAGAUCAGCAAUCUAAAGAAAGUUCUGAAAGGCAUCCUCGACUAUAAUCAGGAGAUCCUAGGCCAGCACAUUAACGACUUCACACUACCAGAUGUUAAUCUUAUCGGAGAACACUCUGAUGCCGCAGAACUCGGGAGGAUGUUACAACUUAUACUGGGCUGUGCUGUCAACUGUGAACAGAAACAAGAAUACAUCCAAACCAUAAUGAUGAUGGAAGAAUCAGUGCAGCAUGUCGUCAUGACAGCCAUCCAAGAGCUAAUGAGUAAGGAGACUCCAGUGGAAGGAAAUGACUCAUAUGUGGAUCUAGACAGACAGCUGAAGAAGACCGUUGAGGAGCUGAACGAUGCUUUGGCUACCAAGGAAGAGAUUGCACAGAGGUGUCGUGAGCUUGACAUGCAGGUGGCAGCCCUGCAAGAAGAAAAGAGCAGUUUACUUGCAGAAAACCAGGUCCUAAUGGAGAGACUUAACCAGUCUGACUCAAUAGAGGAUAUAAACAGCCCUGCUGGACGCAGACACCUCCAGCUGCAAACACAACUGGAGCAAUUACAGGAAGAAACUUUCAGGUUGGAGGCAGCAAAGGAUGACUACCGGAUCCGUUGUGAGGAGCUUGAAAAAGAACUCUUGGAUGUAAAGUCUCAGAAUGAAGAGCUUACUUCACUGGCUGAUGAAGCUCAGUCUCUCAAGGAUGAGAUAGAUGUCCUCAGGCAUUCAUCAGACAAAGUGUCAAAGCUGGAGGGCACGGUGGAACACUACAAGAAGAAACUGGAGGAUAUGGGACUUCUUAGGAGACAGACUAAGCUUUUGGAGGAAAAGAACACAGUGUUAAUGCAGACCAACGUCAGUUUGGAAGAAGAGCUGCGAAAGGCUAACGCAACGAAGGGCCAGCUGGAGACAUACAAGAGACAGGUGGUUGAACUUCAAAACAGACUGUCAGAAGAAUCUAAAAAGGCUGACAAGAUGGAGUUUGAGUACAAACGUGUCAAAGAGAAAGUGGACUCCCUACAAAAAGAAAAAGAUCGUAUGCGGACAGAGAGAGACUCUCUGAAGGAGACUAUUGAGGAGCUGCAUUGUGUCCAAGCUCAAGAGGGCCAGCUAACAUCAGGUCUCUUCCCGUUGUCCAGCAACGACGGCACUGAUUCACUGGCUGCUGAGAUCACCACCCCAGAGAUUCGAGAACACUUGAUUCGUCUGCAGCAUGAGAACAAGAUGCUGAAGCUGGCUCAGGAGGGAUCAGACAAUGAAAAGAUUGCACUGCUGCAAAGUCUACUGGAGGACGCCAGCAGACGAAAAAAUGAACUGGAGACAGAGAACAGGUUAAUCAAUCAGCGUUUGAUGGAGGAACAGAGUCAGGUAGAGGAGCUUCAGAAGUCUCUUCAAGAGCAGGGCUCCAAAGCAGAUGAUUCUUCCAUUCUGAAGAAGAAAUAUGAGGAGCACAUGGAAAAGAUUCAAGAGUUGAACAAUGACUUGCUGAAGAAAAAUACCUUCAUUGAUGAAAUGGAGCCCAAAUACACUGCCAGCUUCCACCGAGUGGAGGAGCUGGAAGAGGCCUUGAAAAAGAAAGAUGAAGACAUGAAACAGAUGGAGGAUAGAUAUAAGAAAUACCUGGAAAAGGCCAAGAGCGUGAUCCGGACCCUGGACCCCAAACAGAACCAGGGUUCAGGUCCAGAGGUUCAAGCUCUGAAGAACCAGCUGCAGGAGAAAGAGAGGAUGUUGCACUCAUUGGAGAAAGAGAUGGACAAGACAAAGAGCCAGAGAGAUUAUGAGGAGAAACUGAUUGUGUCAGCCUGGUACAAUAUGGGUAUGUCUAUGCAGAAGAAGGCGGCUGAAGACAGACUUGCUAAUACCGGCUCUGGUCAGUCCUUCUUGGCCCGGCAGAGACAAGCCACCAGCACACGCCGCUCCUACCCAGGCCAUGUCCAGCCAGCUACCGCAAGGUAGAUGGCAGCAAGGCAGAGAAAUACAACCUUUCAAAUCCCUGAACCUUUUAUACAGUACAUGUACAGUACAUACAGUACAUACAGCCUUUUUCAGGCAAACUAUUCCCAUUCUUUUAUUGUAGAAGUUCUUGUUUUCCUGCAUUCUGCCUAUUGAUUUUCUUUUUUUUCCUUCUUGAUCAGAUCCAUGAGGUAGAGAUGCCAGGCUGCCCAAAUCUUGCACCACUUUUAUUCCUGACUAAGCAUAUUUUACCCUGACUCCUGUGAUGGCAGGCUUCUACCUUUUUUCACACCCCAGCAUUAUUUAUAGGGUCUGACUAAUCACUCCAAACACCCUCUCUUCCUUUCUCAACCACUGACCUUCCUGAAAGCUGUACUCUGUGGCACACUUUUGCCAUGCAGGUCUGGACCCCAAGACAGAGAAGAAUUGCAUCUUCUUGACAAGUUGUUUUUGUUGCAAGCAACCGCUCUACCUGUUCAUGCAGUAUUUAUGCACAUCUCUACCUGUGAAAACGUUUGAGGUUCAGCUUGUUUUUUGACUGGAGUUGACAGACUUCCUGUCCCGCAUUGUCUCAUUUAACUCUUUAUGAUGUAGCUUUAAGGAGGUUAACAGCAAUUUUCAGUCAAGUGUGGCCAUGUUUAACUUGUUCUAUUCAAAUGAAAGAUCAUCAGUUGCUCUUCUGCUCUGUUUUUGUGUUUUGUUUAGUGAAACGGGAUUGAGCAACAAAUACACUCAAGCAUAGGAUGAUGUAUAGUCACCAUAUGUAAAUGUUCCAUUUGCUUGAUGAUCUUUACUAGGAUAUGUGUUUUGGGGGGAAAAAAGCAGUUGACUGGUAGCUGUGUAGCAAUAAUUGUGAUUGAUAAUUGUUUCCCAAGAAAACAAAGUAACUGCUUGGGGUGCUGAAGGUGCAAUCCACAGUGAGGCUGAGUUUGUGGAAAAGGGGUUUUAGCUUUACCAGCAUUUACAAGGUGCCAUAGUCUUAGAUUUAACAGUAUGUACCACAGGAUAUAGUCCUUUGUCCUUGAAACACAUCAGGAUUGCCCCCCUCACACUACGCAGACAAAUGUAUUGAAGGAAACUGCCUGAUUGAAAAUUGAUUUAGUUUUUAGAUCGCCCUUAAUGCCAUUAAGCCAACACAGAGAUGAAGUUAAUUUAAAGUAGGGCAGUUAAGUGGACUCACUUUCUGUAUCAUUUUAGAAUCAGCUAAUUACUGUCUUUGAAAAGAGGUUUUUCACAGUAUGUUAAAAGCACUACACAGUACUUUCCAUGUCACUUUAAAUAGAAAUCUUCAAUAGGGACGCUUGCUGCAGCUGUUCGAGUCUUUUCUUUUAAUACUUUUUUUUUGGUUUACGUUGUCAUUGUUGUAAAGGCACAUCAUCAAUAACCUCUCGUUGACAUGAUGGACCUUUAGAAGCCCUGAAAUUAACCCUGUAUCUGUUUAACGGCCGUCUGACCGUUCUCUCUCUCUUUCUCCUCCCUUAACAGCAAUAUCACUGCAUGACUGGCACAUCAAUGAACUGGCCUGGCCUUUCUUUGGCCUAUAAAUGGUCCCCGACCGGGCAAGGCUGAGGCACACGAUGCAUGAACUAUCUGCCUGCCUACUGUUUGCAUGACUUUGCAUUGACUCGAGCCUGCGAAUAACCAGCACACCAGCAGCAGCAUGAGCACUAACAGCCCUCUGCAGUGUCAUGCAUUGUAACCUUCAGACAAGCCUGAGGGAGGGAUGGGGGGGGUUGGUCGGAAAAGAAUACCCUCACCCUCCUUCCUCCCAGUUAAACUCCUUUCCACACUUCCAACUCCUUUCUCCUCUUGUUUUUCCUGCCUUCUUUUUACCCCCCUCAUUCUCCUACACUCCUCUUCUUCAUCUCUUCUCCUCCCUUACUUAUCACAGACAUGCCUGCUUGUGCUUCCACACUGCAUUACAUUUGUUACAAUUCAACCUAUGUUACAAACACCCAGAACAGGGCCAGAAUACUGCAGUAUAGUCUGUCAGUCAACCAGAUGAAUUUUCUUUUUUCUUUUUUCGAAGUCUUUUCUGUAGUACUUGUGUGUAACUUGACGUUGCCAGACUGUUACAGGAUACCUAAGUGACAUAUUUCCACAUAUCUGUUUAUAUUUACAUGAUUGGUGGAGAGUUGAUAUCAGUGAGAGAGAAAUAUUUGAGAGGUGUAGCCUGUCAGACAGUCUGCAAAACAAACAAAAAAAGGAGUCAGCUCUCCUAAGUGUGUAUCUCUUGUGUUUUGGCACUGUCAUCUUAAAAAAAUAGUGAUGGUUCUGCCCAGCCUCUCCUUUAACAUGUUGCUAGAUGGCAUCUUAGAUGUGCUUUUACCUCAAGUGUUAAUGAGUACAACAAGUUUUUGAGUAAAUGAGAACCUAUGGGACAUUACUGUCUUGCCCUGUAGGUUUCUGGACAGUGUGCAGUAGGACCAUAGGGUGGCAAAUAAGUGUUUUAAAAUGAAUAACAUUGUUACAGAUAUGGUUUUAUGCAGGAUAAAAGCCCCCAUUAAGCCUUAAGUUUUCUUUAGAUGGAACAUGUCAGCAAAGUGUCUAUUUCUUGAUAAAUACAUAUUUAAUGCAAAUGUAUAUAGUGUUUUUUGGGUUGAAUAUAUUGUAGUUGACAAUUAUGUUGCCUGUUAUUUGUCUAAGUAGCAAAUAACCUGUGUUCAAUUGAGCCAAAAGCAACAAGCUCUACUGAUGUUAUUUUUUUUCACACAUUUAAUACAUUAUAGCUGAACAAAAUUAAUGCUAAAUUGACAUUCACGAAGGAAUGGGGAAAAAAAUCACGACACUGUGCAUUAGCUCACGUAAGCUCAUGCAUAGUACAUUGUCUUAGUUCGAAAGGAAAGGGCUUAAACAGGUAAAAGAAGUGGGAAGGGAAACAAUUGCAAAAUUCACAAACCCUUCAUCAGUAAAUGUCAAAAGCUUCCACACAUGGCAGUUAAAAGUGAUCCUGCAGUAGUGUUAGUGUUUUGUUAGGGCAACUUAAUGGGAUAGAAGAAGCUGCUUAAACAUGCAGUGUUACCGGCAAUGACACAAUAGUAUCAGAAAUAAGGAAACUUAACUUGAUGUUGCCAUAAGUCAUACUGUACAUUUUGUGUUGUUUUUUUAAUGAACGUCUUAUUUAAAUUUUAUUUCCAGAACUUAUUAAAAUUGACACAAAAAAAGAACGAGAAAGGCUGAAAACCUGGACCUGAAGAUAUAUGCAUGUUACAGGUAUAAAUGCAUAUGUUUUAUUUAAAUGAGAGAGAUGGUUCAAUCCUCCAAUUUAGUGCCUUUGUUUUAAAUUAUGAUAUUUAAAGAAAAACAAAGACUGCCUGGUCUUUGUUGGACUAAAGGCGGUGUGGCAAGCUGUCCUUUAAGACCUCUUUUUAUUGUGUUAUUUGGAAAAAAAAUGUCUAAGAUGAGCAUCAUCCUCAUCCAUGUGAUAGAUUUCUUUUGACAAAAAAAAUGUGUAUUGUUUAGCUUAAGUAGGCUUAAUGAGGGCUUUAUUCUGUUUGUUUUUGUUUGUUUGUUUUUUUAACCUGUUUUACUCAUAAUUCUUAUAUUGCAUAAUCUUGGUUUAAUUCAUGCUGUGCAUUUUUAUCUUAAUGGCUUAUUUAUUCUUUUGCUGCUCGUACAGCAGUGUUACUUUUUUUCAUAUUAGUAUUAUGAUCUCACCACUUAAACUGUUACAAUGGAUGUUAAAUUUCUAUUCGACAUCAAAAUACUGUUAAAUACUUGUCUUAUGCAACAAAAGGAGGAGAACGCUUGUUAUAGUGUCUGUCUCCAUGUAAUGGAAUGACACAAAGGUCAAAUCAGAAUAAUGUAAACUGGAGAAAACAAUGCAACAAAGGUUACAUUUGCCUCCAGGGUUUUUUUUUUUUAGGAAAAUGAAUGUCUUAUCAUCAUCAAAAAAAAGCACAUUUUACACUUUUAAUUCACUGGAUUGUUAGUGGUUAUACAUUUUCAGUGUUUUGCCAACAGCAACAAAGACCAGGCCGUUAUUGUGAAAAAAGGUGUUCAUUAGCUGUUGAGGUUGCAUAUGUAAUUGCAUUCAAGUAAUGUUAGCACAGAUCUUUGGUCAAGGGCAAAUCAGAUUCCACAUCUGGGCAUCAAAUAAAUUAGUAGUCAAUAAGUUGUAAAGGAAAGAAGCGUUAUCUUUUGCCCAGCUCCCAACUUGUUUCUGUUGUCGUCCAAAUAGAUGUUUUGUGAACCACUCGCCAUUAAUAGCUACAGAUUUAGCUGUAAGUUAUAUCACACAGAACUCUUUUAACCGUCCAACCCAAAAAAAUCAUUGAUUUGGUAAGACAUCUGUAUAUAAUGGAGCACAUCCACUAUGUGGUUUACAAGUUAAAACUUUUAACAGGGAUGGUGGGGAUACAUACUUUUGUUUUUUAGUAUUUAAGACAAAGCAGAUUGUGUCGACCCCUUUUAUCCCCCAUCGAUUCAGCCACUGUAUACGUCUGUGUAUAAUUAAUGUUACCUUUAGGAAUAUAAUGAGAAACUGGGGGGAAAGAUUAUCACAAGGGAUAUAAUAUAACCACAGAAACAUAUUUCAAAAGCCAGCUAGUUUGGUCCAUUUUCAGACCUUAUUAAUGCCAAUUUUUUUUCUCAGUAUAGAAGAAAAUGUGACCUUGAUGUACUGUCCAAGCUGUAACCUAUACUCUUUCCUCUACUUUCAUGUUUGAGAACAAAAUAUUGAAUAAGGAUUGCAGUAAUCUUAACAAAAAUCGGUCAUAUUGUGGUGUGUUUCGUCCAUGCCUAAGCUAAAAAUGAGCAUCCAGUGUUCCCUGUAGUGUUACUUGACUGCUAACUGCACUGUGGGCCAGUCAGAAGUGUAUCAGAGACAUGAAACAAACAACAUGCGGCUGUUAACAGGUCAGAAUCUAUCACAACGCGUGCAGUGUUUGCUAUAUUUUUUACUCAUCGGAAAACUUUUCUUUACAUAUUGAAGUAGCAAAUAACCUUCCAUUUGCCAAGUUUUAUAUUGCUUGUAUACAAACACACUAUGUACAUACUUUAUGUGACAGUGAUAGAGGAAGUGUCUGGCCAUUUGACAAUGAGAGAAUAAAACUCGUGUGUAGUUAAGUGGAUUUCACAUAGCAUCUGUCUGAUGAGGAUUUAUUGAUAGAAAAUGUGCUUCCUUCACUGCAAAACUUGGAAAUGACAUUGUAAAUAAAGCUUGUAUAAAACAGA